CAGCAGAUCCAGCCAGGACCCAGUAUUCCAUGGGGCAGAUCGCUAUGACUUUGCAAUCAUCAUUGCUGCCGGCACCAUGGAAUGCUUCUGGCAGUUUGCAGACCAGAAUGGGAACUUCUUCUUCAACUAUGAGGUGAGUUGUGCGAGGUGCAUCCCAGGAAGCUGUGCAGCUGCUGAUGGGGUUAGCGAAUGGCUAUGCUGGGUUAGUGCAGUGCUCCAGCUCCACAGUCAGUGCUGGCCACUGCCUCCUCCAAGGGCACAGCAGGUCCUGCAGUGGGAAUUCCUCCAUCACCAUGGUCCUACAACCAGGCUUACAUGCAGAAGGUCGACUCAGGCUGAACUCCAAAUCCACCAGCCCCAGGGUGGAGGGGGUUUGCCUUGCAUGGGGAAGGUCCUGAGUUGAUACAGGAAUGGUUUCAGUCACUUGGAUGUUCCACCUCAGGGAUUACACUUUUUUUAGGUAAUUUCCAUCAUGAAUCACAUUUCUUUUUUUAAAUACCUGUUUUAAAGGAGCACUGAGAGCUCUGGAUGUGGUGACUGAGCAUGCAGAGAGCUGCAGGGUGUCCUGGCACUGGGGGGAGCUCUGCAGUUUGCUGGGCUGACUGAAGGCUGCUGCAUGGCCCUUGGCUCUCUGAGCUGCAGCUGGAAGGCACACCAAAGGUCUCGGGCACAGCCCUGUGUACUUAUGCCCAUGUUCUGUUCCCUUCCCAAAGGGAAAACAGCAGCCUUUUAUCACCUGUUUACACUAGGCUGGUGGAAGGAGAGCAAGAGCAUGGCCAUGCCCAGUGCUGACAGCUUCCCCCUGGCUCUGUCCUCAGCAGAGCAGCCCCACAGGAGCAUGGCACAGCCCUGAGCCUCAGCACAGCUCCAUCUACCACUGCAGCAGUGCCAGGAGCACCCCAUCCAGGCAGCAGGGAGAUGGGAUAGGUAUGGGAGAGAUAUGAGGUGUGUUCAGGAGCCUGCAGCACCAUGAGUGGGCACUGGGAGCCUUGCUGUUUAUCAUCCAGGACUGUGGGGUUUGGGGUUCUUUCACGUGUAGCUGGCAGCUCACUGGAGGCUGUUCCUGGCCCCAGCUCACAGCAAUGGAGGGGGCAGCUCCCCACGGACCCCCAAAACAACCCUCAGUAGAGGCUGGACCACACUGGACCCCUGCCCUGCACACGAGGGCUGCUAUGGGCUCCUGUCUGUUCCCUGAGCUCAGAAUCAGGCCACGAAUGCCACUUGGGUGUUUUCUGCCUCCAGGUCCAGCGUACAACAGGGAUUGGCAACGACAGGAACAUCCUGGUCACAGCAAGCGACCCCAGUGGCUUCCAGCUUGGCACUUCCCAGGAUGUGCGGGGACAGAUCAAUUUCCUCACCAAGGAGAAAGGUCCUUGCUGCCCUGGUCCUGCCCAGGCAGCAGCACUUCCCAGGGGCGUUAUGAGUCUGACCACAUCUGCCUCCUCAGAGGGGGGAUGAGGGUCAAGUGCUGGGGAUGGGUUUGCCUGGCAGUGGCUCUUCUGCUCAGGGAACGAUUCCCAUUUCUCUCCACAGGUUUCUACCAGCUGUGCCUGAACAACCAGCAAAACCAGUUCGGCUUCAUGCAGGUGUACCUCAACUUUGGUGUCUACUACGAAGCCUUUGACCCAGACAACAAGCAGCCAGAAGAGCGAAAAGAGAUGAAUGACACCCUGGAGGCAAUUGAGGUCAGCACCCACAAACUGCAGCUCCACAUCUUCCACAUGUGGCGGUUCUACAACUUUGCCCGGAUGCGGAAAACAUCAGACUCCUUCCUCCUGGAGUCCAACUACAGCUACGUCAACUGGUGGUCAAUGGCUCAGAGCUGCACCAUUGUCCUCUCUGGGGUGCUGCAGCUCUACUUCCUGAAGCGCCUCUUCAAUGUGCAAGCCUCCAGCAGGCAGAAGUGCUAGUGGUGUCCAAAAGUGUGGGAAGGACCAGUGCCUGCAGUGCUUGGUGACAGUGCUUACAGCUAAUUCUGACCUUCAGAGAGAGGGAGGAAAGGCCAGAUCCUGCUUUGAGGAAGGAGAGUUCCCCUCCCCUCCCUUGGCUGAAAUCACCCCAACAGAAGAAAAGCUCAAUACUGGACUUUGUGUGCUAGGUUGGUUUGUUACCUCCCAACCCCUCAUUACGGUGUCCUGUAACGUCUUUUCUACCAGGCACUUAAUAAAGAACCCCUGGCACCAAA